AUGCCGUUGGAGAUACCCACCAAUGACCCGCGGCGAGGCAAAAAGUUUCCCUCUGCCAUCUACACCACAUUCCUUCUAUUAUCUCUCCUCGCAAAGAUAGAAAUGACCUCAACUCUAGAUACCGUCACAAUGUCCACCCCCGCACGAACAGCCACCCUCCUCACAAACCUCAACAACGUCCUCGCACGCAUCUCCGCCGCCUCAUCCAUCUUCCAAACAACCUCAACAUCCACAACCCGUCGACACAGACCGGCUGACAAACCUGUCCGAUUAGUUGCAGUCUCAAAACUGAAGCCAGCAUCUGACAUUCUCGCCUUGUACUCACCAUCUUCUUUCCCGUCUGACGAAACGCCUACGGCAACAACAACUACCCCCUCAGCAACGCAACAACUCCAUUUUGGAGAAAACUACUUCCAAGAACUCCUUGAAAAAUCCCGGAUUUUACCGCGCGGUAUACGAUGGCAUUUCAUUGGCGGUCUCCAAUCAAACAAAUGCACCUCUCUAGCCCGAGACGUGCGUGGUCUCUGGGCCGUUGAGAGCGUCGAUACCGAGAAAAAGGCAAAGUUACUAGACAAAGGCUGGGGCGAACGAGACUUCACCUCCUUAUCAACCGAAGAACAACAACAAAAACUCCGCGUCUUUGUACAAGUCAACACUUCCGGCGAAGAAAAUAAAUCCGGUGUUGAGCCCGCGCUCACUCCGGCAUUAUGUCGGUACAUUCGUGAUAAUUGCCCCGGUCUCAAGUUACAAGGUCUCAUGACCAUUGGCGCAAUAGCGCGAUCCAAGGAGACCACUGCUGACAAGGAAAAUGAGGAUUUUGUGACUUUGAUUGAGACAAGGGAGGUUGUUGUUAGGGAGCUGGGUUUGACGGAGCAGGAAGCGGAUGAUUUUGAGUUGAGUAUGGGAAUGAGUUCGGAUUUUGAGGGGGCGAUUGCGCUGGGAAGUGAUCAGGUGCGUGUUGGGACGACUAUAUUUGGGGAGAGGCCUGUUAAGGCUGGUGCCAAUGCUGGUGCUGCUUCUUAG